AUGUCUCACCAAUACCCUGGUUCAACCCGCUCAAAACGACGACAUAUUGAUCUUGAUGAAACUGCUCAAACCGAAAACAAAUCUCCUGUUUUAGAUUCAUGGGCCCGAUUUGUUGUCACAGAAGCAGCUGAUAAACAGCCACUCAAACUCAACCCCUUUGCCAUUUCCAAAGCUGUAUCUGGUAUUUGUGGAGAAGUCAAGAAGGUGACGCGUCUUCGUAGUGGCUCGCUCCUUGUUGAGGGUUCACGGAGACAGCAAUCUCUCAAUCUGCUAUCUCUAACUACAUUUGCAAAUAUUGAGGUUGCUGUGUCCGUGCACAAAACCUUGAAUUCUUGCCGAGGCAUUGUUCGAGACAGAGCUGGUUGCCUGUCCGACAUGUCAGAGCAGGACAUUACAGAUGAACUAAAAACUCAAGGAGUGACAGCAGUGGAGCGUUUCACUAUGAAAUCGAGAGACGGUGACAUCAUUCUGUCCAAUACGUAUCUGCUUACUUUUGCACUUUCUGCAAUUCCUACAUCCAUUAAAGCUGGUUAUCUCAACAUCGGAGUGGAGGUGUAUGUCCCCAAUCCACUCCGAUGUUUCAAAUGCCAAAAGUUUGGGCAUGGGUCUAAAUCUUGUGACCACUCAGUUAUCUGUCAGCGCUGUGGUGCCGACCAUGACAGCAUCAACUGCACAUCUGAAAUAAAAUGUCCAAACUGCAAAGGGCAACAUCUAGCAUCAUCUAGAUUAUGUCCAGUGUGGCAAAAGCAAUCCAAAAUCUUAAAGCUCAAACACGAACAAAAUAUCUCAUUUUAUGAGGCAAAGAAGGUUAGUGAAAGUCAGUCUUCAUCAAUUCCACUUACCAGAUCCUAUUCUGCUGCUGCCACUAUCUCUGCUCCUCCAACUCCCCCAACAGUAUCUAUUUCUAUUCAAACAGAGUUGACAUGGGUCACAUCAGAUAAACCGAUCAGCCUAUCUUCUGUGAUCACUUCAAAUACAUCUUCGACUCAAACUGUGAGUCAAUCCGAACCCUUGAUUGCUAACUCUGAUGCUGUUGCGCCAGCUAAUACAGAGUCAGAGGCCACACAGGCCGAUCUUCAGUCUUUACUUGAGCAACUCCCUCAACCUUGUGUCAUCAUGGGUGACCUAAAUGGACUUAACCCUCUGUGGAGAAGUGUCGAUACGAACGCUAAGGAGGUUUUUCUCAACAACCCCUUUGAUGCUCUUGACAUGGAUGUCACCCCAUCUCCAGAGACCAGAAGGGGUUCUUCUUCCUCACAUUCUCGUGAGCGUUCACCAAUUGAGCCACCGUGA